CAUCUUUUGAUUCAUGCAGACAUAUUAGCAUCAACACAACAAGCAAAUGAGUUGCCCUGCUAUGGCUCAGUUGCUUUCAAACACACUUUAUUACAAACGCUUCUUUCCUUACUAUGCUUUCAAUGUCUUGGGUGGCCUCGACAGUGAAGGAAAGGGAUGUGUCUUCACAUAUGAUGCUGUUGGUUCCUACGAGAGGGUGGGAUAUAGCUCUCAGGGUUCUGGAUCCACACUCAUUAUGCCUUUUCUUGAUAACCAACUCAACUCCCCUAGUCCUCUUCUCUUACCUGCCAAGGAUGCUGUUACUCCAUUAUCUGAAACAGAAGCAGUAGAUUUGGUCAAAACUGUUUUUGCAUCUGCAACUGAGAGAGAUAUAUACACGGGAGAUAACCUUGAAAUUGUCAUCCUAAAUGCUAGUGGCAUUCGUCGUGAAUACAUUGACUUAAGGAAAGACUGAAGCUUUUACACAGAAAUUAUUUUGUUCUUGCAAGAAUGGGAUUGAGAAUGUUUGAAAUGGUCCUAGAAUUCUUAAUGUGGUACCGUAUU